AUGGAAACUUCAAAGUUUAAGGAUGGAUUAAGUUAUGGUGAGGUCUUGACCUUGAAGAGAAAAACAAUCAAAAAGGAAAUUAGAAACCUGUAUUCUAAGUUAAACUUCACGAAUCUUAAACUAAAAGCAGUUUUGGAAAAAAUGCAACACAUAAUGGAACAUAACAUUCUGCAAUUGCACUUAAAUAAUAUUCAUGACAUGGUUAAACAUCUAAAACAUAUUAAAGACCUAAAACUUAAGAAGAAGAUCAAUAGACUAAUUAAAAAAGAAGAUUUAACAACGCAGAAAAAAGAAAAAAAGCAUAAGUUCCACGACAGGGUAUUUAACAUGUCAAACACCACGUUAACAAGUCAAGAGUUAGACCUCCUGGGUAAAGGGUUAAAACAUAAUCCCAUUUACAACAUCACAAACAAAGAAAUGGAAAAAUUGGUGGUGGACACAGAAACAAUAAUCCAGAGCCUAAGGACAACAGAAGAGGAAAAGGAUAGACUUAGAAACCAUUGCGCCUACGAAAUUAAAAGGUCUUGA